GAUAAGACUUUGGCAUCUUAUAAAAGCAGCUGGCUACUUCUGUAUUUCUUCAGUUAAAAGGAGGAACAAAACCUCAACGAAACCGCAUACAGAAUCUGAGAAGCAUGGCUUCCUACAAGCUCACUUACUUUAACAUGAGAGGGAGAGCUGAGCUGACCCGCUUCAUAUUGGCCUAUGCAGGGAUCCCCUACGAAGACAUCAGAAUAGAAUGGCAUAACUGGCCUUCCAUCAAGCCCUCUAUUCCAUGUGGAAAGCUCCCUGUGAUGGAAGUGGAUGGAACCCUGAUUAAUCAGAGCCUCGCAAUUGCAAGAUAUUUUGCUAGGGAUGCAGGUCUGACUGGUAAAAGUCGACUGGAAGAGGCACAGACAGAUGCAAUAGUGGACACUCUGAAUGACUUCACAGUGCUCAUCCCAUGGAAUGAGGAAGAUGAAGCCCUGAAAAAAAAGAUGAUUGAUGAUCUCUUCAACAACCAAGCUCCAAUAUUGCUCCAGAACUUAGAAUUACUGCUGGGAGACAAGCAGUGGUUUGUAGGAAACUCAGUUACCUGGGCAGACUUCUACUGGGACAUCUGUUUCACAACUUUUAAUGUUCUGAGGAAAGGCUUUGCAGACAGAAACCCCAGACUCCAAGCUCUGAAAGACCGAGUAGAAAACAUCCCUCAAAUCACCGAAUGGCUCAAACAAAGGCCAUGCACAACAUUUUAAGCAACUCUCCACAGAGUACUAAAUCAAUGGCAUUAAGUCCUGCACAUUCAGUAAGAUAAUUGUAUCAGACUUGAAAUGUCAAAAUGCUUUGCCCUUUUUGAUGUGCUUCUGAUAUAACCAAAUGUCAUAAUAAAAUGGUUAUUUUAGGGGUAUUCACAUAGA